AUGGAUGUGAAGGGCCUCACCCUUCGAAGCAAAGCUUCCCGCCGCCGCCCCAAGAUCAGUGCGCCGCAGCCUAUUACGAACCAUAACAGCGCCGCCGCGCCAGCAGCAGGACGGCCUCCGGAAGCCAGACACCACCCACAGCCCAGUGAUGCUACUUCAGAUCUUGUUAAGCGAAGAUACUCUGCGAAAUUUAAUACUCUCCCGGGUAUUGAUUCGGAAGCCCCUCCAGUCCCUAGCCUCCCUAGCGCCCCCAUAGACCACUUUGCCUCUGAUAGGGAGCCCACGUCCGCGGGGGGAGCACAACCAAUUCGGGUGGACGCGAAUGCGUUGAGAAAUCCAAACCUACCGAUUGAGAGCUAUGUAACCGGGCUGUUAGAACAUGCUUCAGAACAGGAUAUACGAGACUUUCAGAGUGACCUACGGAAGCUAAAGAGCAAAACCUCCUCCGACCUACAGCAGAGCGUAUACCAGAACCGCACUCAGUUUAUAAAGAUCAGCAAGGAAGCCGAAAAGCUAAGAGAGGAGAUGAGCACUCUUCGCGGCCUGAUGUCCGAGCUUACCACCACUCUCGGCCAGGCAAAUGCAACCAAUGGAGCAAAUGGUGCGCAACCUGGGUUUGAGGAUGCGCCAACUCGAAGGCACGCGCACCGGAGCUCCAUUGCCAAUUUGGAGAGUAUGUGGAAUGUCCAGCUGCAGCAGUUGUGGAAAAAUGUCGAACGGUCUCAAAAGUACCUUCCAGCAACCCCUGGACGGCACAUCGUCAUGGAAUCGAGUCAGUGGGUUGAGCUUGAUUCUGCUACAUGGAAGCCAAGGCGUCCUGUCCAUAUUGUCCUUCUCAACGACCAUCUGCUCAUUGCUGCGAAGAAAAGAAAGCGGGUGGACCCAAACAUCGCUAAUGGGAAAUCUGUUUCCGUUCCAACAAAACUAGUAGCGGAAGAAUGCUGGCCACUACAGGAUAUUGACAUGAUUGAUCUCGGCUCCGGCUUAAAUUCCGGUGAAGACAUGGAUGAACGUGGCGUGCCAAAUGCUAUUAACAUUCGAUAUGGCCAAAGCUCUUUUACUUAUCGCCAUGACCAGCGAAACAACAAGGUGAAAAACGAGCUGGUCAUGACCUUUCGUAAGACCCUUGAAGAACUCCGUAAAAGUCUAAAAUCGGAGGCGGAGGUUGCCGCCAAAUCUAGGGAGGCACUCAUGAACAGCAGCCGGCCUGCAUCUCGCCGACAUUCUGAGUUUCUAGAUACCAUGGACCCUCGUGACAAGUUAGAAGUUUUGAUUGAUGUCGAUGGCAAACAACAAAAUAUGAGAUGGGUGGAAGGACAACUCGAUGAACUUGACAUUGACAUCGCUAUUCAGGUGUUUGAAACGGCGGUUUCCCGCGUGGAGAAGCUUCGAAAACUUGCAAAAGGGUUGAAAGGAAACCAAACUGCCCAGGAAGCUAUUAACUCUGGGGUAGAUUCCAGAGCAAACAAACUUGCUGAUAUUCUUCUUCGAGCCCUUGUUGAUACUAACUCUUUUAUGAACGCUACAAAGACGAAUGUUGCCUGGUUGACUCGGCUAGGUUAUGACGAUCGAGCUCGGGAAGCUUAUCUCAAUGCCAGGAGUCAAAUUAUAACUAAACGUGCGAGGCACUGUGUUUUUGAAGGCGACCUACUAUUAUAUAUAUUCCAAAUUUCGUUUGUCUACUUCACCAUGAUAAGAAACACGAUCGCCAUUUAUCAGCAGUGUUUCCCGUCGCCCAUGUCCAGUGCUAGCAUUAAAUGGGGCAAGGAUCACCUGGACGACUUUAACGCCACGCUAAGUCGCCAGCUUAGCAGUGUCGAGCCCAGCAACCCCGUGUGGGAGAAAUGCAUGGAGAUAGUAUACCAACAUGCCAGCUCACUUUCGGAAGUGGGAGUGGAUUUUAAAGAUAUGAUCCGUGUUGAAGGCCUCAUCGUCAAAUCCCCGGAUAGUACACCAAUAGAGUCAGCUUGA